CCCCGCCAUUAUCAGGAAUCCCUUACGUCGCAACCUUGGUCCUUUGGUGAAUAGUCCAUACGAUAAGUCUACAAGUUGUAGUAUACGAUAGAAUAUCCUUACCUACCUAAGUACCUACCUAUACAGUAUCUCAAUGUGCUUUUGGAGAGGGGAGUGGAAAUAUUCCCUUACCUAAAAACCAACACCGAAAACACCUUCUCUUCUUAACAAAACCUCGUAAUUCUAAGUCAUUAGAACUCUGCGGGAUAGUCCUGAUGUAAAGGGUUGGUAACACGACAUCAAGGGCUUUAUAUAUAUAGAAAUUAGCUUUAUUUGACAGCUCCCUAGAUAGGUACCUAACCUAAGCUAAUACCUAUACGACAGCCUUGCCCACAUCCGACACCAUAUAGUUCCGUCUUUGUUGUGCUGGCUACCUCUUAUCUCUCUGAAUCUCACUAAUAUUCGUUUCGUCAACGAGACCAAAUUCAUCAUCGAAAAGACGGAAGAAAAGGCGUAACCAUAACCCACAAUGGCUGACCCGUAUUCCGUGGUAAAACAGGCUCUCUUCUCCGGGAAGCCCACAUUCACAGAGAAGGACGUUCCAGACUUGACAGGCAAAGUCACCAUCGUCACGGGGUCCAACACCGGCGUCGGAAAGGAGAUCGCGCGGAUCCUCUAUUCCAAGAACGCUAGGGUCUACCUGCUCGCCAGGUCGGAAGAGAAGACGCAGGCCGCUAUCGAAAGCAUCCGGGCCGCCAACCCCGAGUCCAGAGGCGAAUUGUCGUACAUCCACCUCGACCUAGCCGACCUGCCGAGCGUCAGGACGACGGCCGAGGAGUUCCUCCGCAGGGAGACGAAGCUCGACAUCCUGUUCAGCAACGCGGGCGUCGCGUACCCGGCGAAGGGCUCCAAGACGAAGCAAGGCUACGAGCUGCAGCUGGGCGUCAACGCGCUGGGCACCUUCGCGCUGACGCAGCUCCUCACGCCGACGCUGGUCUCGACGGCCAGGGCCGCGCCGCCGGGCAGCGUGCGCGCGAUCUGGGUGUCGUCCUCGGCCGCGAUGAACGUGGACCCGAAGACGCUGUUGGCGGGCGUGCGCGACAUGGAGAGCCAGAGCGGGCUGAACAAGUACUUCCUCACCAAGCUCGGAAACUACCUGCACGCGGCCGAGUUCGCCAAGCGCCACGCCGCCGCCGACGGCGUCCUGUCCGCCUCCCUGAACCCCGGCAACCUCGACUCCGAGCUGUGGCGCACCCAGGGCCCCGUCGCCAGGUUCGUCCUCCGGAAGACCAUACUCUACCCCGCCGUGUACGGCGCGUACACGGCGCUGUACGCCGGGCUCUCGCCGCACAUUACCGCCGACAAUUCCGGGGCUUUUGUUGUUCCGUGGGGCAAGAUCCACACCGUCUCGAAAGCGAUGGCCGAUGCGUCGGCGAGGAAGUCCGAAGGCGGCAGCGGGAUCGGAGAGGAGUUCUGGAAGUGGAGCGAAGAAGAGAUCAAGAAGUAUAUUUGAUCGAUAUGAAGUAGGUUAGGUUAGGUACCGACCUAUUUAAGGGUUUGCGCUUGCGGUUAAGACCUUGUCGACCGGAGAGGAAUGCGGUAUGUUUUGGAUGUGUCUUAUUAAUAUUAAUAUGAAUCCCUUUUGUGCCUGCUCGGCUGCUUGCAGUUUUGUCCAUAAUUUAUGAGGGUUAUAUUCGGAGGCGGGGACGGGACAGGAGUAGCUUAGGGUAUCUGCGUUAAUUGGCGGAAGGAAAUAUUGGUAGUAAUCAGCAGCCGGUCAAGCUUAUGGGUGGUGGUACGAAGCGGAUACCUAUUCGUUCCGUCGGCUCCGAGCUCAGCACCGCCGUCUCGGAGGAGGAAAACUCCAUAUCUAUAUGGCUAGAUAUAUAAUGCUCAUAUCUUCCUAAACUAACUUACGGGAAGCUAUCUAGGUAGCCAGGUAGUUAUUCUUUUAUCGAAAUGUGUUAUGCUAUUGCCAGAAGACCGGUCUGACCUAGAGCAUGGCAGGUCACUUUAGUCGUUAAUACCACCAUGCAUACCUUAGGUAGGUACCUAGGUA